AUGAACGAGAAUAAUAACACAACACUGUAUUCUCAAUUAGAAUAUGAUCAUGGUUAUAAACUAAUCCAAUUAACACCUGAAUUAUUGGACGCGUUAAAAUCCAAUAAUAAUGCAUUGAAAUUCAAACAAGUACAAACCGACCAUGAAGGAACCAUGGUUGAUGAUGUAAUCUUAUGUAGUAAAAACAAGAGUUGGAAUAUCAAACAAAAGAAUCAUUCCAAUACUGUACUUCUUUGUAAAGAUGAAAAAUUGAAUGGGAAUGAUAACUGUAUAAAGGGAUAUGGUAAAUGUACAUAUGAAUAUGAAACACGAUUAACUAAAGGACAUAUCAAUUUAAAUGUGAUACCUAUAUAUGAUGGAGAAGAAGAAGAAAAACUUGAUAGUUGUAAUUUUGAAGAAUUAAUUAAUCAAAGUGGAUGUUCUAUGGAGGAAGGUAUAAAAGAAUGGGAAGAGAUAUGUGGAUGUGUGAUUGAUAAUCAUGUAUGUAUACUGGGUGAGAAUUAUAUCCAUAGUGUAUUACAUAUCUUAUUAAUGAGUUUAAUGGCUGAAGGGUAUGAUAUGGAAUCUCAAGGAUUUUUAAUCGCAGAAGGGAUAGAAAGUGUUCAAAAAGAUGGGAAUGAAAAUGAAAAAAGCCAAGUGAUCGAAAGUGUAAUAAAGAGAUUUUUCCAUAGGGAGAAUACAGAUACAAAUGGCAAGGAAGUUCGUUGGUUAAUCGAUAAGAAAAAAAUCGGUGUUUGGUAUGGAAUUAAAGCAUUGAAAAAAUAUGCCUCGAAAAAUCCUAUAAGAGAUGUAGAAUUUCUUCAAGAAUGGAGAUCCAUGUUCCCACCGUUCAUGUCUAUUGAGAUUGAUUUGAAAAUGUUACGAGGCCAUUAUUGCAAACCAAAUAGUAUUCAGGGACAAAUCAAGUACUUGUCCAAAGACAUAUUACCCAUGGAUUCGAAACAACGGUUCAAAAUGUUAUUCCAAAUCCAAAGUCAGUGGCUCCAAGAAGAAAUCGAGCCCUUUGUCAAGGACCUAAACACACGUAACAUGAAGAUUGAUACGUUCAUAAUGAAAUUUGCCCGUCGAAGACAUGUAGGCAAACAGUAUAUAAUCCAGAGUCGAUAA